CGCGUCGGCGAGAAGAGCCCAACCAGUUGCGCGCGCGGGAACCCCUUCAGUGCAUCCCGGACCGGGAGACGGGACGGUCGCCGGUACAGAGCAGAGGAGGACAAGGAGGAGGGGGGUUACAUCCCGUCCAGCAUCAUUGGUCCAGCACGCGGUGCCCCGCGGGAGAGCGCCCACGUCGCUGCAAUCUCUUCCCGGACUAACCAACGUCAAAUGACCCUGCUAAUGAACUGUCCCGUGAGAUAACAACGUGGUUUAAGUUGGCUUGCCAGUAACGGUCUCUUCUGCCGGUAACUGUCCCGUCAGAUAACGACGUGGUUUAAGUUAGCCCGCCGGUAGCGGUAGCGGUCUCUUCUGCCGAUAACUGUCCCGUCAGAGAACGACGUGGUUUAAGUUAGCGAUCUCUUCUGCCGAUAACUGUCACGUGAGAUAACGACGUGAUUUCAAGGUUAGCCCACGGGUAGCGGCCUCUUCUGCCGAUAAUUGUCCCGAGAGAUAACGAUGUGGUUUCAAGGUUAGCCUGCCGGUUGCGGUCUCCUGCCGAUAACUGUCCCGUGAGAUAACGACGUGAUUUAAAGGUUAGCCCACCAGUAGCGGUAGCGGUCUCUUCUGCAGAUAACUGUCCCGUGAGAUAACGAAGUGGUUUAAAGGUUAGCCCACCGGUAGCGGUAGCUGUCUCUUCUGCAGAUAACUGUCCCGUGAGAUAACGACGUGGUUUAAGUUAGCGAUCUCUUCUGCCGAUUACUGUCCCGUGAGAUAACGACGUGGUUUAAAGGUUAGCCCCCAGGUAGCGGUAGCGGUCUCUUCUGCCGAUGUCUCCUUCGCGCUAGGGUACGUACCGAGGUCUCGCGGCCGACAAUGGCGACCGCCGCCCCGCCGUGGCCGGGCAACUCCAGCUCGCCCGGCGACAACUCCACGGCGGGCUACGACGACGACUACGAGUACGAGUACGACUACGAGGAGUCGCUGCAGACGUUCAACUGGCCGGAGCUGCUGCCGGCGCUGGUGGUGUACGGCCUCACCAUGGCGCUGGGCAUCGUGGGCAACUCGCUCAUCAUCUUCACCAUCGGCCGCUACCGCCGCAUGAAGAGCACCACCAACGUGUUCCUCGUGAGCCUGGCGUGCGCCGACCUGCUGCUCAUCCUCAUCUGCAUCCCCGUCAAGUUGGCGAAGCUGUUCUCGUUCACGUGGACCAUGGGCGAGUUCAUGUGCAAGACGGUGCACUACAUGCAGAACGUGUCUGCCAUCUGCUCCGUGCUCACGCUCACAGCCAUGAGCAUAGAGAGGUACUACGCCAUAGUCCACCCCAUGAAGGCCAAGUACCUGUGCACCAUCAGCCAGGCCAGGAAGAUCAUCCUGUGCAUCUGGGUGGCCGCCUUCCUGCUGGCGGUGCCCAUGCUCUUCGCCCAGGUCCACAUGGAGGUUGGGCUGCGAGUGAAGGGCUACUGGUGCGUCAAGUACUGGGACAACCUCCCCCUGUGGCGCUUCCACGAGGUGUACAUGCUGCUGCUGAUCCUGGUGGUGCCGACCACCGUCAUGGCGGUCGCCUACACGUCCAUCUGCUGGGAGAUCUGGCGCGUGAUGCAGCAGCGCUGCGAAAUGACCACGGGCCAAGGGUUCAUGAAGAACGGGGGCGCGGCGGACGAGAGCUACCCGCUGAAGAGCAUGAAGAAGGCUGCGGGCAAGGUGGUCACGCACCAGCACAGCAGCUUCAAGGAGAGCAUGAAGAAGAACGCGCUCAAGGCAGAGGAGGAGAGCAAGACGGUGAAGCAGGUGGUGAAGAUGCUGGUGGCGGUGGUGGUGCUGUUCGUGAUCUGCUGGGGCCCUGUGCUCGUCGACAACGUGCUCACCGCCUACGGAGUCCUGCACCACCUCAAGCACGGCACGUCCAAGCACAUCUACACGGCCUUCCACCUCAUGUCCUACUUCAACAGCUGCGUCAACCCGAUCGUGUACGGCUUCAUGUCCAAGAACUUCCGCGACAGCUUCCAGAAGGCGCUGUGCGUGUGGUGCCUGCGUCGCCGGCCGCUGCAGCGUAACGGGACCAUGUCCCAGACGAGGACCACCUCGGUCAGGUUUGGACCCAGAGUGCCGAGCGGAUCAGUGUCGACGGCCCAGUCCCAGUAUUGAUGCUGGCGUUCCUAGCGGCUGCGGAGAGAACUACGUGGCCUCUCCGCGGAAGACACUGCUCUCUAGCGGGUGUGCGUGUAACUAAAUCAAGUACCGGUAUCGAGGACAGGUAGCCACGCCUGCUAGUGCCGAUAUUCCGAACUACUUACUCGGAAUCGAGAGUAAAGCUUUCAUCUCAACCGGAGAAUAUACUACUACUCCGAACUACUCGAAAUUGAGAGAA